AUGUCGUUCUACAGAUCUUUCUAUGUUGGAACAUCUUCAUUAGAAGAAACCCUACCUAUCAGCCAAUGCUGCACUUUCCGGGGUAGCCUGUCCAAAUUAGACAUCCAAACAGGCACAAUAUUAUGGAAAACCUAUACUCUUCCAGACAAUGGUGGCCAAUUUGGAGGCUAUGCAGGAGCUUCAUUAUGGGGAAGUAGCCCCUUCAUUGAUGUAAUCAGAAAACAUGUUUAUGUUGCCACUAGAAAUCUCUACUCUGCUCCACAAUAUGUAAAGGAUUGCCAAGCAGUGGAGAAUAACCAAACAACCCCAACUCAACCAGACAAUUGUAUUGAGCCAAGUAACCAUGACAAUUCCUUUUUGGCCUUCGAUAUGAAUACAGGAAAUAUCACAUGGUAUAGGGAAUUCAAGGGGUAUGACAUAUGGUUCAUUGCUUGCAAUAAUCUUUAAACACCCAACUGCCCACCCGGUCCAAACCCAGAUGCGGAUUUUGGUAAUGCACCCAUGAUGCUCACCAUAUUUGUCAAUGGAACUAAACGUGAUAUUAUAGUUGCUGUCCAAAAAAGUGGUUAUGCUUGGGCUUUGGACCGUGACACUGGUAACCUCAUCUGGACUACUUUGGCUGGCCCAGGUAGCUUUAUUGGAGGAGGAAUGUGGGGAGCAGCCACAGAUGGUUUGAGGGUGUACACAAAUAUUAACAUUGAUCUUCAAAAGAGUUUCACCCUUAAACCAUCUAAGGAAAACACAACAGCAGGUUUGUGGGUGGCAAUGGAUGCUUCCACAGGUGAAGUCCUAUGGUCAGUAGGGAACCCAAGCAAUGCUACAGCUUCCGGUCCGGUUACCGUCACUAAUGAUGUUCUGUUUGCUGGAUCUCCAAAUUCUCAAGGAACUAUAUAUGCAAUGAGUGCUGAGAAAGGGAAAAUAUUAUGGUCAUAUGAUACUGGUGUACCUGUAUUUGUUGGCAUGUCGGUAAGCAAUGGAUGCAUCUAUGUUGGAAACGGAUACAGAGGGAUUGCAAGUUCUAACACCUCUGUCUAUGCCUUCUGUGUUAUUGAUGAUUGA